AAAUCCAUUCAUUUACAGCUCGUCUUUAAAUGAAUGCAGUUAUCUGGUCCCCAUUAAAGGGAGAGAACUCGUCCGGUCUUGUUGCUUCAACCACGUGUUGUACGUGACGUCAUAAUUAAGUCUGAUGUCAUCGAGACCUUGCGCGUUUUCAAUCCUUUUCCUCGAGGAAUUCAAGCAGGAAGGUCGACAUUUUGCUUUUUCUUACAAAUUAAUUUGAAAUUGAUUUAAGAUUUAUUUAUUGAAUAAGAUUUCUUUCUACUUUUAAUGGUAGAUUAAUAUUGAAUAUCUACUAAUUUCAUAAAUUAUAUGUUGAUCUUGUUGUGUAGUGUAAAUAACGAUAAUUAUUGAUACUUGAUCAGCAGGAAUGCUAGAUAUAAAACUACAUGUUACAGUAGGUUUAGUCUGGAGGCUCUCUAUCUAUUAACGGAGAUAAGAUAUAUUCGACAUUGCAUUUUCUUUUAGCCGCUAGAUCUAUAUUGACUGAUAGUUAAUAAUUUACUUAUUAGAUCUAAUUUUUUAUUUCUUGAGAAAAUGCCUCGGCCUAAGAGGAACUGUAAAUCUACAUGGAAGACGCGAGGGCAGACUAGGUCAGCCACAAGAUCUAGAGGGAGACGGUCCCAUCAGAUUGAAGUCUCCAUGCAACCCAUUGUAGAGCAGCCGGCUGUAGUUCAGUCUAAUGCAACAACAACAAAUUAUGCAGCAGUAACUCAGGACCAAGGUCAAAUCAAUCAGUUCUAUCACACUAAUCAGAACGAUUAUGUGAAUACGUCAUCUGUACAGAACCAAUGUCAUUACUCGUCACAUACCCAUGUCCCAGGGGUGUUGGGACAACAGUCGCUCUAUCAUUCAAAUUCAGUGAAUACGUCAUCUGUACAGAAUCAAGGUCAUUACUCGCAGCUGGCUAAUUGUGUAGUACCAGCCUCAGUUGUACCAGUAACACAUACCAAUGUCCCAGGGAUGUUGGGACAACAGUCGCUUUAUCCUUCAAAUUCAAUGCAAGUGCCAUAUACACAGCAUUGUCAGGGAGCUGUUCCUUCAACGGCCUCGGUAUCGGAAGGAUUUGCUUCAACUUCACAAGGCUUGCAGAUGUCUCCUGCUGGAGGAAUGUUCGAGUCACCUGUGGUUGGGCAGCCCCCGAUGGUACAUGAAACAUCAGGUCCUCCCGAGGUAUGGGUUAUAGGGUCUUCGAUUAUCCGAGAUGCCUACUAUUAUUCCAUCGAAAACAAGGGUCACAACCUUGGAUUGGAUCUCAAAAUAGUUUGGGAUUUUAGGUCAGGUAUGAAGGUUCAACAUCUGGCAAACACCAUACAGCACUUAGCACUGAAAUAUAUGAAAUACCCUGAUAUGCUUAUCAUUCACUGUGGUGGGAAUGAUAUUGGACAGACACCCUUAAAUGAGGCCGAGCUUUUAGCAAUACGCACAUUGAAUGAUGUACACCAGUUAGGUAUUCAAAAUGGGUUUUAUAUAAAGAUUGUCUGGUCGCAAAUUCUUCCACGUAUGUUUUACCGUGGUGAACGUAGCCACUUUAAGUUGAACAAGGCACGAAGGCGCUUUAAUACAACACUUCAAUCAUUUUGUAAAACAAUUGGCGGUGCCUAUAUUCGACAUCAAGACAUAGUGGAAGCCCAGCCUCUUUUUCGGGAUUUGGUUCAUUUGUCAGAAUUUGGUAAUGAAAUAUUCACCAAUGAUUUAAAAGAGGGUAUUGUCGCUAUUUUGCGACAUAACAGAGAUUGCUACCCUUAAGAAUAAAAAUAAUUGAUAUCAUGAAUUAUUAACAAGUCUGUAAACUCUGGUAGGAGAUUAGUGGUGACCGAAUUCCGGCAUCAUUUAUUAAUAAUAAUUCUUUGUUUAUGUUGUGAUAGACGCCGCUAUGAUAAUAAUGGUCGAGAUGAUGCAAAUAUGAAUAAUAAAAAUAAUAAUAAAUGAAUUCAUAUGACAGAAAACUAGAAUAUAAUCUAUUUAACAUGCAGACGACCUUCUUGCUUGGAAUCUUUAAUGUAACUCAAAAAUAGACAGAUACAAAUUUAAAGAAUAAGCAAUUGUCAUUUAUGAAGCUCGAAUUAAGAACUUGAUACUAGUAGAUAGAAUAUGCGUACUAUCGGUGGCAAAAAACCUGACAUUAGCUCUUCGUCUCAUACGUAGACUCCGCAUGAUACUUUCAACAUAGUAUAUUAAGUAUAUAGCAUAUAGUUUUGCAUUAACUUAUUAUCGGCGACCGAGUUCCGGCAAUUAAUCCACGAUAUUAAUAUUUCAUUAAUAUAAUUUCAAAACUUUACCGAAUUCCGGUAAUAUCUCCGAUGUCCGGAGAAAGAUACAUAUUUGUAUAUGCAGUAUAAAUACAAUUUUAUCAGUUGGCGAUUUACGUCGUUAGAAAUUCAGGCGUCCGAAGAGACAAUUGAAUGUCCAAAUAUUCCGGCGCUGUUGAUCGAAGUCCGAUCUAGUUACCGAUAUCCGGAACAAGUUGAAAUGAAUAUAUAUAUCUAUACAGAUUGUUUAUGGGAUGUGCCAUUGAUCGCAAUACUGCGGGCCUCCCUACAAUUAUCGGCGUCCGAAUUCCGGGGCCACCUCCGAUAUCCGGAGUACACACAAGUUUUUCCAAAACAAAAAAUUGGGGGGUCCUUACGUAUCUGUAGGGGGCCUUUAUGUACAUUUUUGGCAUUUUUGUCGUUGAUAAGACGCUACUCCUUGGCAGGGCUUGGUCCUACGACGCAGUCUUGUCCCGGCGCUUUGGCAUUCUAGCGCACUUAUCAAGUAACAUAUUCAUGUGUUUAAAGAAGCAUUCGGCAUUGUUCUUGAUUGGUAUUUAUAUUACAAACCUUUCUUUUGGCAUAUUGGAAAUCGCAAUCAAAGUUAUAUUGAACAUAUUUUGUAUAAUAUAUAUUAUUGCAUGUGCAAUGCGUUUUUGUUACAAGUCAGUCAUGGCCAAGUAACUGCCAUCCUUUUAUAAAUAGAUAAUAUUGCUAAUUAUAUAAUUAUUCAUUUAAGGUUAUAUGUUCUGAAUAGAAUACCAUAUAUAAAUAUAUAUUGUGUUAGUUUUUUCUCACAGGGUGAACAGAUAAAUCCAUUCAUUUACAGCUCGUCUUUAAAUGAAUGCAGUUAUCUGGUCCCCAUUAAAGGGAGAGAACUCGUCCGGUCUUGUUGCUUCAACCACGUGUUGUACGUGACGUCAUAAUUAAGUCUGAUGUCAUCGAGACCUUGCGCGUUUUCAAUCCUUUUCCUCGAGGAAUUCAAGCAGGAAGGUCGACAUUUUGCUUUUUCUUACAAAUUAACCCUCCCAAACCCUACCCUUGUAGAAAGAUUUAUUGAUUAUAUAUUUGGAAGAGUUGCUUCGUUUGUUUCUUUGUAUAUUUUCAGCAUAAACUGCUCACUAGAUCAAUUGAUAUGCUAUCUUAGCCAUUGAUACACCUUAAUGAUCUACGUCAUGACUGGCUGAUGGGAAGAACCUUAACACUGAAAAAUCACUGGACAAGACUUGUGUGUGGUAUGACAGUAUAGUGAUGUGACUUAAUGUGAUUUAACAGGAACCAAGAUUCAUUAAUUCUGUUGAAAGAAUAAAGUGUUCAUGUUGAAGAAAUUAUGACAUAGAUUGAUUUAGAUCUACAUUUGAUAUUAUGAUAAAGAACAAAAGAAAUGUAUUUGUGACUUGUGUGAAAAUAAGAAAUUGUGAAUGUGAUUUAAACUAACAUUUAUGAAAAGAUAACAAGGUUCUUUCCAUAAUUAAUAAUUGAUUAUAUUGCAUUUUAUUAUGAUACGGCAUUCUAGCGCACUUAUCAAGUAACAUAUUCAUGUGUUUAAAGAAGCAUUCGGCAUUGUUCUUGAUUGGUAUUUAUAUUACAAACCUUUCUUUUGGCAUAUUGGAAAUCGCAAUCAAAGUUAUAUUGAACAUAUUUUGUAUAAUAUAUAUUAUUGCAUGUGCAAUGCGUUUUUGUUACAAGUCAGUCAUGGCCAAGUAACUGCCAUCCUUUUAUAAAUAGAUAAUAUUGCUAAUUAUAUAAUUAUUCAUUUAAGGUUAUAUGUUCUGAAUAGAAUACCAUAUAUAAAUAUA